AGAGGAGGAGGAGGAUGAGGAGGAGGAAGGGAAGGCAGGGUGAGGGAGGAGGAAGGACAGGAGGAGGCAGCAUCGCCUGCAGACCUGGUAGAAGGAAGCCGCUCUCACAGUCACCCUGACCCUGAUGACAUGACUGCCCUGAACCUGGACACCUACAGCCUGUCCCUCAUCACUGCCAAGGAGGACAUCCUCAGUGCCAGGAGCUCCACUGACUGGGCUGUUUUUACUUACGAGAAGAAAUGGAGCCUAAAACUUUUGGAUUCUGGAGUGGGCGGUCUGGAAGAACUGACCAAGAAAUUUAAUAAGAACCUGAUCCAGUAUGGGCUGUGCCAAGUGAACGACCCAAAUACCGGGGUGCAGAGGGUGAUCCUCAUACACUGGAUCGGGGAGAAUGUGGACGCCUUUCAGAGAGAAGUCACAGCUCAGCAUCUUCCUUCCAUUCGCAAAUUCUUCAAGGAGGCUAAUGUGUUGCUGGGUGCCCAGAAAGUUGAAGACAUCACCCAGGAGUUGGUGGCGCAGGCUCUGAAUAGGGUACCACCACCUUCCAGGGCUUUCCAGAAAGCCCGGAUCCCCGGAUCUCAUGAGGUGGUGGGGACAAAGUAUAUGAAGACAAACCCAGCGGUAGAGAUGAAGAUCAGCAAGAGGGAGGCGUUCUGGCAGAGGUCGGAGAGAGAAGAGGAGAGGAGGAAGGAGAUGGAGCGGCUGAGACAGCAGGAAGAGAGAAUCGUGCUGGAGAAAGAGAGGAUACAGAGAGAGAGACUGGAGGAGGAAGAUCGAGAACGCCGCAUCCAGGAGAAGGAGAGACUGGUGGAGGAGCAGAGGAAGGAGCAAGCAAGGUUGGAGGCAGAGCGUCGGAGGCGUGAGAAGGAGCGAUGGGUGCAGCAGCAGAAGGAAUACGACGAAGAGUUGAAGGGUCGGUUUAAGCGCAGUCAGUCCAUUGAAAUGGCCGCGGAAGCGGCAGCCCUUUUGUCUGGAAGAUCCCUGCAUCCUCGUGACUUCUUCCGUCAGCAGGAACGUUCUGUGUCCAGCUCAUCCUCUCCUCCAUCCACACCCAGCUCCCCAUCUAAGUCCUCUUCGGGCUUUUUCAACAGAACAACUCUCCGAUAUCAGCGCAGUGUGACAGAGUCUAUCUUGACCCCAACAAGCAGAAGUCCAACGUUCUUCCAGGGUUUCCAAAAAAGAGAUUCAUUCAGCUCCUUCUCUCCCGGCACCCCUCAGCCCUGCUCACCCGCCUUCAUCUUCUCCAAGUCUCCCCUGCCCACCACAUCUCCUAAGGUGGAUUCCUUACCUUCAUUCAUCCCACCACCAAUUACUACUGCUCGAAUAACCCCAACACAAGUGAAAGGAAGUCCUCCUCCACACACACUCCAUACAUCGCCCAGAACUGGCUCUUGUGAUCCACCAUUCAGAGCUGAAUAUGUAACAGUAAGUCCAGCAGAACACGGUGCUGUGGCCCCAGAUACCAAUGCAGAGGCAAGAUCCCUGAAUGAAGACCUCCAUAGUGGAGAAAAGCCAGCCAGGUCAGGGGGUCUGUACAGAGCGGAGCUUGUGCCAGUUGACUCCCCAGCAACAUCCCACUCUGAGGUGCAGGAGCUCCCAACUAAAGCAGCAAAAUCUCCAACGAGCUUCAAAGCUGACAAACCAACAGCAAUAAAGGCCACAGUGUCAGUAUCCUCUUCAAUGACAGAGAUAGCAGUCACUAGUCCGACACCAACCCCAGAGGCCAAAAUACCUACUGCCCCACAGAGUUCAGAACCAAUACCUCCAUCAGCUCUCAAAGAUACACAGAAAGCUACUGCAGAAGUCCCAACACCUAUUCUCGCUGACCAGGUCUUUCUACCCACUCAAGAAAUUACAAAUAAAACCUCAGAUAUCAAAUUUCACAGUGAGGAACCUGUCCUGCCCACUGACUCAGCAUUAUAUGAGCCCAAGAUAUCUCAUGGAUCAACUUCUUUGGUGUCUUUGUUGGCUCCAAUUCCUUAUACCCCUUACCGCGCACAGAGGGCAGACAGUACCACCCUGAGGAGCCCACAUACCGCCACUUCCGUAAGUGACAAUGCUCUGCUUCCUUCCCUGGAGACUCUACCAAUUCUGACUCUUCCAAGGCUUGAAGCUUCACCCAGUUCUGCUGCUGGAUGUAAAUAUCCAUCCACUUAUGCAUUCAGUCAAGAUUCAUCCACUAAAACUUCUCCUGUACCAGCUCCUAUGCAGCCACUCAAUGGCAGCACCCCUAAAUAUCAGUCGAGUAUGCCACCACCCACAGAGCCUUUAUCUGUCUUUUCUCCCAUCACCUCCGAAAUCUCGCUCACAGACCCUGUACCAAAAUCUGCCUCAUUUCCUGUCUAUAUCUCAGCUACAUCUCAGCCCAGUUCUGACCAAGUUAAUGUUCCAGAGUCUUUAGUUGGAUCUCUGCAAAGCUCAUCUGAAUCUCAACCAAAAGAUAUCCAAACCAGUAUUCCACUACCACAGUCUUUACCCGAAUCCUCUGGAAUUCUCACCCAGAACUCACCAGAAUCUGAACCCAACAAUGAUCAAGCAGAAAUGUCAUCUCCCACAAGAACAUCUGACACUCAACCCCAUACAGACAUUAGUGAUAAUCUAGUACCACAGUCAACACCGGUAUCUCCACCCAUUACCACAGAGCACUUGGCUGAUUUACAGCCAUAUAAUGUCCAUGCUGACAUUCCACCAAUAGCACCUUCAUCAGGAUUUUUGGACCUUGGUACCAAGAGCUCAUCUAAAUCUCAACCCAGUAAUAACAAAGGAGAUGUAUCAUUACCGGAGCCACCACCAACUCCAUCCUUUCUUACUGAAAGCUUAGCUGAAUCUAAAGUUGGUAAUUUCCAAAAUGAUAUUCUGAUACCAGAGUCUUCAUCUUCCUCAUCAACCAUUCCCACUGAAAUAUCAGUUGGACUUCAACUAAAUCCUAUGCAAAUGGAUGUUCUUAUACCACAGUCUGUAUCCAUGUCUUCAUCCCUUCCUCCUGAAAGCUCAGAUGGACCUCUGCUGAAUACUAUUCAGAGUGAUAAUUCAUUAAUAGAGCCUUUACAUGAACCUCCCACCAUUACCACCGAAAUAACUUCAGCACCUCAAGUAAACGUGCAAGCUGAUAUUUCAUUAGUAGAGUUGUCACCUUCUUCCUUUACUACUGAGCACUCAAAUAAUCCUCAGUCAGUUACUACUCAAGCUGAGUCUUUAUGUGAACCUCCAUUCAUUAUCACCGAAGUAUCUUCUGCACCCCAACUAAAUGUCCAAGAGGACAUUUCAUUAGUAAAGCCAUCACCUUCUUUCCUUACUAGUGAUAGCUCAACUGAACCUCAAUCAAUUACUAUCCAAGUUGAGUCUUUACCUGAGCCUCCACCCAUUACCACUGAUGUAUGCGUUGAGCCUCAAAUAAAUAACAAUCAAGUUGACAUUCCAUUCACAGAGCCUUCAUCUUUAUCCCUGACUAGUGAGAGCUCAACCCAACCUCAAUUCAAUAAUACCCAAGCUGAUAUUCCAUUAGUAGAGCCUUCUUAUGAACCUCCAUCCAGUACCACCACAUUAAGUAAUAUUCAGGCUGAUAAUCCAUUAACAGAACCUUUAUCUGGAUCUUCAUCCCAUCUUCCCGAGAGCUCAAUUGAACCUAAGUCAGUUAAUAUCCAAGCUGAGUCUUUACCUGAACCUCUAUCCAUUACCAUCAAUGGCUUCUCUGGACCUCAACUAAAUAAAGUCCAAGUAGACAUUUCAUUAAACGAGCCUUCAUCUGUAUCUUCAUCUCUGCCUACUGAGAGCUCUUCUAGACUUCAAUCAAAUACAAUCCGAGCUGAGUCUUUACUUGAAUCAUCAUCACUUACUGAAAGCUCUUUUGGACGUCAAAUAAAUAAUACCCAAUCUAAUAAUCCAUUACUAGACUCUUCAGUGGUAUCUCCAUGUCUUCCAAUUGAGAGCUCAGCCGAAUCUCAAAUUAAUAAUAAUCAAGAUGUCCUGUUACUACAUUCUUCCUCUACAUGUGCAUCCCAUGAGAGCCCAGGAACAGUGAAUAAUGCCCAAGCUGAUAUUCAGUUACUAGAGUCUUCACCAGUUUUAUUCAUUUCCACAGAAAAUGCAACUGAACCUCAACCUGAGAACAAUCGACCCAUCACUGUACCUCAAGAGUCUUCUGUAUCACCAUCACUUCAGACCACAAGCAUUUUUGACCUUCAGCCUAAUAAUACUCUAACAGACAUUCCACAAACGACAUCUAUACCACCAUCUUCAUCCCUAUCUACUGAGGGUUCCUCUGAAUCUCAACCCAACAACUUCCAAACUGACAUAGUCGAGUUCCAGCCCAAUAAUGUCCAAACUGACAUAGUAUUAGCAGAUCUCCUUCUUAUAUCUUCAUCACUUCCAACUGAGUUUUCCUCUGAGUCUCAACCCAAUGUCCAAACUGACAUAGUGUUAGCAGAUCUCCUUCUUGUAUCUUCAUCACUUCCAACUGAGCGUUCCUUCGAAUCUCAACCCAAUAAUGUCCAAACUGACAAUGUAAUGGCAGAAAUCUUACCUGUGUCUUCCUCGCUCCCCAUUGAGGAGGGUUCCUACGAGUCUCAGCUCUUACCUGUGUCUUCAUCACUACCCACUGAGGGUUCCUUUGAAUCUCAACCCAAUAAUGCCCAAACUGACAUACUGUUAGCAGGGCUCUUACCUGUAUCUUCAUUACUACAUACUGAGGGUUCCUCUGAAUCGCAACCCAAUAAUGUCCAAACUGACAUAGUAUUAGCAGAGCUCUUACAUGUGCCUUCAUCACUACCCACUGAUUGUUCCUCUGAAUCUCAAGCCUAUGAUAUCCAGAGUGAAAUUAAAUUAGAAGGUCUACCUAUACCUUCAUCCAUUCUCACAGAAAGUCCAGCUGAGUCUCUGGUAAAUGAUAUCCAGCCUGACAUUGUAUCAGGAAAGUCUUCACCUGCUCUCACUGAAAGCUCAACUGAGUCUCCGCUUGUCAAUACAGACAUUCCAGUACUAGAAUUGUCACCGACAUCUUCCCUUGAUACCACUGUGUAUUCACCUGAACCACAAUCCAGUAGUGACAGAAAUGAUGCUCAGUCACCAGAGUCAAUGGCUGCAUCUACUGUUCCUUUGACUGAAAGCUCACCAGAAUCUAAGGCCAAUGGCAUCCAGUUUGACAAUCUAGUACAAGAGGCAGCAUCUGUUAUUUUCUCUAUUCCCACUAAUGUCUCCUCUGAGGAACAACUGAAUAAUUUAGAAGCUGACAUUCCACUACAAGAGCCGCCACCUGCAACCCCUACAGAAUUGCUCACUAAUAAUGUCCAUACUGACCUUUCACUGGUAGCGUCUUCAUUUAUAAAAGAGUCUUCAUCUAUUCCCAGUGAGAACUCCACUGGUCUCCUACCACAAGUGCAGGAAGAUAUUCCACUCAUUGUGUCGUCACCAAUGUCUUCACCACCUUCCUGUGAGAACACCCCUGACUCUGAACCAUCUAAUAAUAAUGAAAGUGGCACUCAGUUAUUCUCCAUUCCCACCAGCAGCAGUGAGGAGCCUCUACCCAUCAUUGAACAAACUGAAGUACCGCUAUCAGAGUCAACACCAGUGUCAAUCUGCCCUCACGACAACACAUCAGGCUAUGAUGGGAAACCCAUUCGUAAUCAAUCUGAAUUUCCAUCAGAUGAGAUCUCACCUGUACACAUGGUCCUUCUAGAAGAAGUUCUCCCUAAUCAGUCUCCAGCACCCUGCCUUCCUUCUGAUAACACACCUGAACCUCCUUUAGGAAGAUCCUCUCCAUCAUUUGAAACUAUGUAUGCUGAGAAAGUAAUCCUGGUUGAAGAUACUCACCCGGGUAGUCCUCCAGUUAAUGGAAAUUUAAUUGCACUUGAGUCUGUGACAACAAUUAACCCCGGUGACCUUGUGGUGAAGGAAACAGGCAAUGUGGAGAAUGUGUCUGUCUAUGAUGUCCUGUUCUCCAAUAACAUCACCGUAGAUGAAGAUGCAGCACGUGACCCCAAACUAACUGCCAGCUGUGAGCAACUUCUCCACAAGCAGCUCAAUAACAACGCUUCCGAAGCUUUGCUUUGAUCUACAUACUGCACCUGGACUUGGAGUAUAAUAGAGACAUCAUGAGCUGGUCAGGUCAUGCUCAGCAUGAGAGUCAUUCCCAUUGAGGUGAUGCAUUUUUUUUGCCUCCAAUGAAGAAGACAGCCCCGUCACCUUUAAUGGCAACACCUCCAGUUACUGUCAACUAUCAAGAUGAAAGCUUCUCCAAGUCACCUCGCCUUACUGUGACCAACAAUCAGGAAGACAUCUUAAGUCUCUGGGUACCUAUCAAUCAUAAAGUGACCUCCAGUCAUUGAGCACCCAUGAAUCAAAAAGACACCUUUGGACACCAGCACCCAACAGAUAAAAUAGGACCCCCAAUCAUUGACACCCAUGAACCAAGAUGACACCUCUUGUCAUUGGGCACUGUACUAUCAAUCAAGAAGACACCUCCAGUCAUUGUGAGCACCCAUCAAUCAAGAAGGUUCCUUUAAACCGUGCUGGUUAUUUCUAGUAAUUUACUCCUAUCCUGGUGGAUAAUGAGGAGAACUGACCCACAGUUGCACUUAUUCGUGUAAAACAACUUAAGAACAUAAUAUCACGCCUUCAAGUACCAUGCAUUUCUACCAAUCAUGUGUGUAAUGUCUACCCACAAGGGUUACGGAGAAGACACCAUCACAUUGCCAUAGCAUCAGAAGAUAACACUAUUACAUGGUCACAUGAUGAGAUGGCACUAUUACACUAUCACAUGAGGAGGCACCAUCACUGUCACAUGAUGAAGACGUUAACACAAUCACAUGAUGAGUCUCCAUGACAUGGUCAUAUGAUGAAGGAGCUGGCAGUAUCAUGUAAUGAGAUGCCAUCAAAUGAGAGGAGAUGGCACACACCAUCACAUGGUGACAUGAUGAAGGGGUUGGCACUAUCACACAAUGAGGCGCCAUCACAUGGUGACAUGAUGAAGGGGGUUGGUUCUAUCACAUGAUGAGGCGCCAUCACAUGGUUACAUGAUGAAGGGGGUUGUUUCUAUAAAAUGAUGAGGCGCCAUCACAUAG